CCUGUCCUUGUCAUUUGCAAGUCACAAAAUUAAGUACAGAAGUAAUAACAAUGGUUUCAAUACAACCUGAAGAAAAGAACAGAAUUCUAUAUAUCUACGACGGUCAAAUGUACAAAAAGCCCCCAGAACCCGGAACAAGCCAAAUCCUUGAGUUGGAGCAAAUAUCAGGUACGACGUUCACGUUUUUGCAGUUUUCACUAUUUAAUAAUUCCGCAGAUCUCAAAGAGCACGAAAACAAUACAGUACAGCUUUAUCUACCAGAAGAAAAACUCACCGACUGUGUCCUAAACCGAGUUUUCUCAACAAGCAAACUUGGAGGUAAAGUCAUUGCCAAUUAUAACGACAAAAAUGUGAAUGAUGUUGAAUUUAAUCUAAAACUGGCGGGUUUUGUUGGUGUGAAAGUGGAGAAAACAGGAAAGAUCAGAAGAGUGUCUGGUUUUAAACCAGCAAACUUGGACUUGAUUGAAAUUUGCGCUGGACUACAGAAACGCAAACAUGGAGACUGGAUAAAAUUUAACGUGACUGAUAAGGAAGAGCCUGAUCAGAUACUUGAUCCGGAUGAGUUGCUUGAUGAGGAAGAUUUUAAGCAGCCUGAAUCAGCGGCACUGCAGUGUGGCACCACUGAAAAGCCUAAAGCUUGCACUUAUGGGCUUGCUGAAGAGGUGACAAAGGAAGAGCAGGAAUUACCCCCCUUGAAUGUGUUAACAUGUGGCAACUGUAAUAAGGAGGAUGAAUUUCGGUGCGCUAGUUGUCCUUACAGGGGGUUGUCAGCUUUUAAGGUUGGCGAAAGAAUUCAGUUGAUUGGUAAUCUACGAGAGCAAGAUAAUUAGAUAAGUUGG